CCCAGGCAAAGGGUAAAACAAAUUUUUGAUGUGUACUCGCAAAUUAAAAGAUGAAAAAAGAAAACAGUGUUCAUAAAAUAAAUUUUGCAUAAUUUGCCAGUGCCGAAAUUUGCUUUAUUUCAACGAACUGACUGCAGGUUGCGUCAAGGCAACAAACGCCAACACAAAACACAAACCGGCGCCCGCCUGUAUAUUUCCCAUAGAGUUAGCACCGAUAGAUAGACUCACCUGGAUCCAGAGCCACAAGAAUACACCAUAACACAGACACUUGCCCGGCUGACCCAAGGCGUAUCCUGCCAUGGAUAAUUGGAAUGUUUUGGCAGCACAAACGCAGGCGAUCGGAGGACGUGACGAUCUCAAUGCGGCGGGAAAAACGCGACUGACCAUCGAGAAGCUGCCCGACAAGGUCCUACUACACAUCUUCUCGUAUCUGUCACAUCGCGAGAUCUGCCGCCUGGCCCGGAUUUGUCGCCGCUGGCGAUCGAUUGCCUAUGAUACACGUCUCUGGAAGAAUGUAUCUCUGCGCCCGGAGGUCUCUGGCCUGCAUGUGGGCUCCUUGGAGAUGCUGCUCCAGCUGAUAUCCGUGAGAUUCGGUCCUACGCUGCGGUACAUUGAGCUGCCCAUCGAGCUCAUCACGCACACGGUGCUCCACGAACUGUCGGCCAAGUGUCCCAAUCUCACGCACAUGCUGCUGGAUUUCUCCACGGCUAUGCAACUGCACGACUUCAGCGAGAUGCAGGCUUUUCCCACAAAACUCCGAUACAUGUGCAUUUGCCUGUCGGAGGUGAUCUUCAUGGAGGGCUUCAUGCGAAAGAUCUACAACUUUAUCAACGGCUUGGAGGUAUUGCAUCUCAUAGGAACAUACGAGAAGUGCGAGGAGGAGGAAGAGGAGAUCUACGAGGUAAUCAACGUCCACAAACUGAAGUCGGCCACGCCCAAUCUGCGGGUGAUUAAUCUUUAUGGAAUCAACUUCAUCGACGACUCGCACAUUGACGCCUUCAGCUCCAACUGCAUCCAGCUGGAGUGCCUGGCUGUGAACUUUUGCAACAAGGUCACCGGAUCCACUCUGAAGACCCUCAUCCAAAGAUCGAAGCGUCUGACCUGCCUGCUGAUGAACGGAACCAGUUUGAAGUCCGAGUUUGUGAUGCAGGCGGAGUGGGACAAGUGCGCUCUACAGGAGCUAGAUAUCACGGCCACGGAUCUGUCCACCGAGUGUCUGGUGGAUAUGCUAACCAGGAUUCCUACCCUCAAGUUUUUGUCCGCCGGUCAGAUCAAUGGUUUUAACGAUAGCGUGCUGAAGCAGUGGAUGGAGUCGGGCACUACGAGAUCUCUGAUUUCCCUGGACCUGGACUCCUCGGACAACAUCACGGAUGAGGGCCUGCUCAAGUUCGUGCAGCGUCAGGGACACCAGCUCAGCGCCUGCUGUCUCUCGGGAAUGCCCCAUAUCACGGACCAGCUGUGGAUGAGCAUUCUGCCGCUGCUGGGCAAUUGCAAGAUCAUUGUCAUGGGCACGGCUGAGAAACUGGGCGUUAACAUCCAUGUGGAUCAGUUGAUGGACACCAUUGCCUCCAAUUGUGGAAAUCUGGAGCGUCUGGAGUUGCGCUGGGAUCCGGAUAACUUGCGUUUCUCCGACAAAAGCCAGAAGGCCAUCGAUAUAUUGCGCGUCAAGUGCCUCAAGCUAAGAUGCAUGGUCCUCAGCGAUGGACGUUACUAUGAGACAGUGAAGGCCAAUUUCGAACGUGCUGAUCGCAUCACUGUGGUCCGUACCACCACCUGUUGCCGGGUGUCGCCCUAUCACCUGCUGCGCAACUACAACGAUUUGAUUUUCAACUGAGAUCUUUUUGGAAAAGGCCUUUGAGGCCGAUAUAUCAAUGUUUAUCUAUAAAAAUGAUAUUUUGUUCACCCUGAAGAGUGGUUACUCUACAUACAGUGCGUUUUGGGUUUAUAAGGUGUUUUUAAAACAUUCGAAAUCAAAAAUAAUUAUUUAAAAAAUUAUAAAAAAAUAAACUAUAUGAUUAAAUGUUUAUAAAAUGAAAUAGAUUUUGUUUUAUAAACCCAAAACUCACUGUUGC